AGUGAGCAGUCGCCUAGAGCCGUUAGUGUACUUGGUUCACACACUGGAGAUUAAACAGCUGAUCGAGAGGGUAACGUUUGUCUGACUUCUCCGCAUUUUCACCGACCAAACGUUCGUAUUUUCGCUCUGUUAUGGGAGUAUAAUGGUGUGAUCAUGGCCAAGCGACCGGGGACCGACGACGGGAUGCUUACUUCGCCGACCAUUCCCCGGGAUUUCACCGUCGACAUGAACAGCAGCGGGGAUGUGAACAUGGACAGCAGUGAAGGAGCCGUUGACGUCUCCCUGGAAGAGAUCCUCACUCUGUACAGCCAGCCGAUCAACGAGGAGCAGGCGUGGGCCGUGUGUUACCAAUGUUGUAGGACUCUAGCGCAGUCACAGCGGAGGAAAAGCUCCAAAUCCGCCGCUGGUGCCUCUGCUGCCGUCUACCCGAAGAGGAUUGAGGGACCCGGGGAUGUGAGGCUUUGGAGAGACGGGACUGUUAAACUACACUUUGAAGAAAGCACAGGUAAACCAUUUGAGACCAGAAAGGUGUCUGGGUUACACUCAAUCGUGGGUUUUGUUUGUAUAAGUGCGCAGCUAUGCGAGUGGCAGCCAUGAAUGGUUUUCCUCCACAUCACUCUCAGGCCAAACCAAUGGAGCAUCCCUACAAAGAGGCCAUAUUGUUAUUACUGUCUGCUCACAGCCAUGUGGUGAAUUUGUUUACACACGGACAAUGCUUUUGAAUAAAACACCACGAAUUUCUGAUUAUGUGCUGGGAAAUACAGACCAAGCAAACUAUGAGCUAUGAUCAGUUGUAAACAAAGGGGCUUUGUUCUGAGACACACAUAUGCCCAUCAUCAGCAUGCUUUACAUUACCCUUGGAUAUAAACGGGUGUGUGCUGCAGAAUGGCUGCUUUAGGUUUUUGCACUUGAAAUUAUGCUCCUGCAGUAAACAAUGUACCAUGUGAUGCAUUCAAGCUGCAGAGUAUUUUGGGUCCAAUCCAAAGCAAAGCAUUAAUAUCAAGGAUAAUGUGCAUAACAGCUCGGAUGACUCAGCCCAAAUGGUUCGUGUAGUUGCAUGGAAGUGGAGGAACAGAUUAACAUGCAGGCACCUAGGGGGGAGAUGGAAACACGAGUAAUUUAGUUUGGUAAAAAUAGCAAGGUGCAGACUUUCAUCCACAUGGGCUGAGAGGAAUAACACCAUUGAGCUCUGGACCACGAGGUCCUAAACCCAAUAUAGUUUGUUGCUGUUUGUUGCCUUUAAUGCCUCCGUGAAAUUGAUGUAUUUUAGCAAAAAUGAUUCAUUUCUAUCUCUUGAGUUAGAUUUUUUUUGUAGGGUUUCACUCGCCUCUUCCGUAAUUUGAGUACUUUUAAGGUUGCAACUUUUGUUUGUACUAAGAAGCACUAUAAAGAGGUCAUCACUGGUUUUUCACUGAUUUCUGAUGUCUUCACCACAUGGAAGUAAUCACCAUUUUAACCUUGCUCCUGUGUUUUUGAUUUUAAGUGCUUAAAAGAACCUCUUAAAUUAGUUUUUUUGCAUUAAGACUUUGACUUUGUCAGGAACCUCUAUUUCAACAAAAUAAAAAAUUAAAUUGACUAAAUUAUAAAAUGUCUUAUUAAAAUGAUGGCACUUGUGAUGGAGUCGCUGUUGACCUGGUUAGAUCAAUAUCUAAUAAUCAAAACUGAAAUCAUAAGUGCACUGUCAGGCACCACACUGACAGUCAGAUCCUCUUCCGAUCAUGUGAGAUUUUGGAAAUUCUCAUUUUUCCAUGUUUUCCCCUGCACAAAAAACAACAUCAGGCAUGUCCAGACAUGUGAGAUCAAUUCAGUAUAAAUGUUUGUAUGAGGGGUAUACUGACAAAGAAAGGCCCAGAGGCCCACUAAAAAAAUUAUUAUAACUGAUAUUUUCAUGGAUAUUGAAGCCUAACAAGGUAACCUAGAGAUGAGAACCAAACUGGAUGAUAGAGAAUUGUUUUUAGUGUAAUUUGAAGUCGAUUUAACCGACCCGUAACAUGGUGCCUGCGUAGUAAAAGCUAACACAGGAGGAAGGUUAACCUAAUCUACUAGACAACAGGUUAUUUAUCUGACCCAUGAUCAGGAACAUGCUGUGUCUGUAGUAUAGCAAAUGAUUCUAGUCAAAAUUAUUUGUAACUGCUUUUUUUAGUAGGGUCCAGUGUAUGUUUUUUCCACCAAAAAACUCUGGUGGUCAUUAUAAAUAAAGCUCAAAGUUUAUAGGGUUGAGCUACUGGCAAAACAAACCAUUAGUCUGUAAUUGAAGGUUCAAGUGUUAACACUCAACACCAGAUAGCAAAAUGACUACACUAAAAAAACAUGAAAACAUGCAUGUCCCAGCUGAGGAGAUGCUUUUAAAAUGCAUUCCAUUAAUAUGUAAGAGAUGAAGCUGGGUGUGGGAGGAGAAGGUGUGGCUGUCAGCACAGCCUAAGGCAACAAGGUUAGGCCUGCUCUCCCUUGGGAACUUAUUAUCAAACAUGUUUUUCUAUAACCCUACGCCAGUUUUUGCCCCUGCAGUGCUGACUGAUCUCUCCCUCUUUAGUCCAGGUCCCCUUCAUCAUACUGAAUCAAGCAGCUGAGUUUGUUAUGUGUGGGGGUAUUGCAAUCCCAGAAUAAACACAUUUAGCCAGUGGCGCUGCUGCGAGCGUUGGCACUGUCAAAAAUGUAACGAACGUGAUGAUUGGAUGCAGAGACUUUAGGAGUCUGAGAAGAGAUGAGUGUGAGGAUUAUAGGGAGAGUCCUUUUCAGCUCCUCUGGCUACUGGCUGAGGUACUGUGGGGACAGCUUGGCCCUGUCCCGAUUCUUCUCAUUAGACCUGGCGAUGAGAGAGACAUGAGGCUCAUUAUUAAGCUCGGCGGCUCUGCGGCUACUUUAAGAGGUUCGACCCAAGUUUCCAAAAAGUUACUGCUUGUGCAACCCAGGCAUGGCCCGCACAUGAGUCAGUGGUAGGAUUGCAUGAUUUAGCCAGCACCCACAUCACUAACACUACGCUGGUGGCACUCUUCUCUUCGGAUUGCUUCUUUUAAGAUGCUGUCUACUCAUAAUCUGCUGCGGUGUUUUGCUAGCAAGAAAACCAUAGCAAACAACAAGGAAGUGUGGUUUUUGUGAUCCACGGAAUAGAGACUGAAUGGAGAAUCAGGCUAAUAAGCAGAAAGAUGUUAUUUUCGGCUGAAUUAAUGCAAGCUGCCUACUGCUUUUCCUGCUGCUGUCACAUCGACUCCUGUGCAGCAUGAAGAAUAUAUUUGCACACACUGAAUGUUGUUUGUAGAAGGAAUGCUGCACCAAGAUGAGACACUUGUUUACCCCGAGAUCUUCAAUGAUUCAUACCUACAGUGCAGCGCAGAGGAAUUUGGUGCAUGCAGUAUUUUAAGUGAGAAGGUUAAUUAUUUAAGCCUGACGUAUAUAUAUGUGUGUCAAUAUCAUGGACCUAUUAGAUUCAUUGGCACAUUAGGUGGAUGAUUUUCGAGGUUGAGAGAUGCAUAGAUGCAGAAACAGUGCUUCGGGUGAUUGAGAAGUUAUCACUGUUUGGAAAACUUUGAGCACUGACAGCGGGAGAGGGACACAGUGUCAGAGCGGAGUUGGUCCCCACUGCUUGACAAUGCAAAUAAUGAGAGAUGAUCUUUCAUUAACAGCUUAAUCUGUGCAUAAUCAACACAAAACAGCCUACUUUAAUGCUGUGAUUUGUAUUAGUCUAUCUCUAUAGAUGUCAUUGAUUGGGUUUGAGUAAGAUUGGGCCUCUUCUGUGUUCAUUUUCUGUUUAGGUCAGUAAGAGGCGCAGUGUAGAACUUGUGAUAGACAGAGGUUGACAUUUCUGUGAAUAGGUUUGUCUGGGUGACUCUGAACACUGCUCCAAAUAUGUCCGCUCUGUGACUUAACCUACCCAAGGAGAAAAACAAGCGCCCCGGCCAAGCCGUCUCUCCUCGGCUGAGAUAAACAGAGGACUCAGUGUUUCUCAGACAGGCAUUGGUGGAUGACUUUAUUUUCUUUACUCGUCUGGUAACUAACAAACAAGAAUGUCUCGUGAAUGUUUUCAUGACACACCACAUGCAGCAUAAUCAAAGUAUUCCCAUUAAUGGCAAAUGACUACAUGAUUUCCUCUACUGAUGGAUUGAAACUGAAAUAGCGAUCACAUCAGCAGUCAGAGAGAUGACACAUCUGGUCAGAGUGUCUAAUUUAUAGUCGCUGAUCUGAUGUAACUCUCUGGAUUAGAGUUCAAGUCUGCAUAUUUAUCAAUGUGAACUUUAAACCCUGACGUUAUACAGUCAGUGUUCACUAACGAUCAGAUCUUAAAGUUAAAGCUGAUUUUCGUGUAACAAAUAUGCUGCUGUUGAAUCAGAGAGUUUAAAACAUCCAGUCAGGGAAAGAGACGUACGCUGUGUACUUUUAGGCUCUUGAGUAAAAAUGUAGAAGUACAAGUGUGUUUGAAGAGAAGUCUUAAAAGAAGAGAUAAGAGUGUCAAAGUUUGAGAGAUUGCUCUGUCUGUUGUCUGAUAGGGGGAAAGGGAAAGUACAGGUUGUGGGUGCGACCUGACGCAGUGAUUAGUGAAAAAGUCAUGAUAAAUAUUCAAUGUUUACAUGCUGUAAAAAUUAACAGGGAGCAAUGAGUGGAUGUUUUUCUCUCUUGGGUGUUAAAACUGUCAUAUCCAGUGGCAGGUCCUGACAUCUCCAUUUGCCUCAAGCAGCAGGAAGCGACUGCCAAGAAAACAUAAUAAUUUAUUUACUCGCUGGUUUUACGGUCUUCUUCGAGGUAUCAAGCAAUUGUACUUCUCAUCUCUCCUACAUUCUCAAGUUGAAUAUUUAAUGUCCUGUAGCGCUGUGCGAGGUGUGAUGUCUCUGUUCACGUUAAAUAUGUCUUCCCUAAGUGAACAGUACACACAUAAAUAUUAAACAGGGUGUGAGGCUCUAACGAUUGUCUGUUUUAAAUAACCACAAGCACAAUUGAAAGCUAACUACAGUAUUUAUGACUGUGAAUAACCCUUUCUCUUUGUGUGUUUUGUCGUUACAGAUAAAUACGGAUCGGCUCCCACGUCAUUAGAGGUGAGUGUCAUGCUGACUUUUCAUACGCCAUUACAAAAAAGUAACCUUAUUAUUGUGGUCUCCAGAAUGAAGCACCUGCAUUUAUAAGAAUACCUCAACUCAACCGAAUCCAACAGCAUGCAUGACAUCCCUCCACGUUUUCAUCGCAUAGGUUGAGCCCUGACCCGUGAUGCUCUAAACAUGACUAAGUGGGAGUGAGCUCUGCAUAAGCAGUGCCCUUUAUUCUCCGGUUGUUGUGCACGCUGCACUCCAAUACUGAAGGGAGGGCACUUAAAAGAGAGCACAUCUGUGUUCUCCUUCUCCUUUGAUUCGUAAAUGCAUUACUUCCUUAACUAUUCUACAUCCCAAGGUUAUCAACCAACCACGUGAUGGGAACAUGUGGUCAGUGCAUGUUUGGUCAAGCAUGGUUCAUUGGAUAAUACUGGGAGGAGACGUCUCUUUAAAGCUGCGUUAUGUGUGCACAUAUACGUACAGUAAUUACACAGAGAGUCCUCUGUCAACUCUGAGCAGUCUGAUGGGCUUUCAUGUUUGCCUUGUUGCUCAUGUGAUCACAGGCAUGCAGAGUUUGUGUGUGUUUUCUAUGGCUCAGUGGGAAAUAGAAUUCCUUCGCCUCAGCUGACAGAUCAUGGAUCAAAUCUUCUGAUGAAAUCUCAUGAUUCAGGCGUGAGCCCACACCUCUUUACUACAACAAACAAGGUGUGGAGGCCCAGUUGGAUUGGAAAUACAUAAUGUCUUACACAACAGUUAUUUUGAAAAGCUUAGGGUGACAAUCCCCUAAAUCCAGUGCGUCACUAAAGCUUGGGGACAAAUAUGUUAAGAAUCGUGUGUAUUUCUUUCUUUGAGUGUCAUUGAUUAGGAGCUUAAGCCCAAAUCUGGUGGACUUGAUUGCUUGUUUUUUCAAUCAGUGGUAUUGGCCAAUGCUUUAAAACACAAAUCAACUUCAAUCCACUUUUUAAAAAACAAAACAAAACAAAACACGCACUUGAAUUUAACACAGUCAUGAAUGCAAAAUUGAAAAGAAGCAAUGAGGACUGGGGAAAUAUCCCUCCCAGUCCACUUACUCACAGCUGUGUAUAAAGUAUAAACUAGCAUAUACCCAUACCUGUACCUGUUAGCCUCAGCUGUACUCUUUGUGUAAUACCUGCCGUGCUUUGUGUUGAGUGCUAAUUGACAAAUAUUUGCAUGCUAAAUGCCAACAAAGGUUGAAGUCAUAAUAACCAUUAUAUUCGCUAAAUCAGUGGUUCUCAACUGGUGGUUCCCGACCCACAAGUGGGUCGCUGACACGUUCUGGAUGGGUCACGAACAGCUGAUCAAAAAAGUAAAUAUUUAAUGCGAUAUUUAUUAGAUUUUUGAUAUUUUCUGUUUAUGAAACUUCAGUAGUAGUAGUAGUAGUAAAUAAAUUUGCUUUGUUUGAAUUCUAUAAAAGUGGGUUGCGACUUAUGGACCAUGGGAAAAUGUGGGUCCCAGAGUAAGACCAGUUGAGAACCACUGCUCUAAAUGCUAGCGUAAUAGCAAUUAUCAAAGCAAUAGUAUUCAACUCUAAGGCUACGUUGACACUGCAGGUUAUGAUGCAAAAUUCGGAUCAGAUAUUUGUCACACAUGGUUAAAAAAAUCGGAAAUGACCUGCAGUGUGAACAUAGCCUUAGUGAAACUGUUGCCAAUUACAACCAGACAAGUUGAGGAGAUAGCCAGCAAAUCUGCAGGUAAUAAUGUCCAACCAUGUAGGGGCAGGAAACAUAAUCUCGUGCUCUAAAUCUGCCUAAAAUUGAGUGAAAUAGACUUUUAUGCUUUCAUGUGCCCUCAGAUUUUAGCUGUUGAUGUGUGUCCCUCAUGUCAUUUGUGUACUUGUUGUGUCUCAGUCCCUUGUGUAAGACAGUCGGACAGUCAGAUUAGCCAGCGCAUCUCCCUCUGCGUCUUUCGGCGGCGAUCACAAGCUUGACCCACUUCCUCUAAUUGACACCAGACAAUCAGUGUCAGGAUAAUCUUCUUCAAUAUCAAACUCAUGGGGAUUUAUUUUCAUUAACGCUGGUCAUGAGUGUCUUUUGUUCUUGUGGUGCUUCAUUAGCUGUGUCAUGACACUGAAUGUUUUGGAAUUUGAGCCGGACAUGCACCUUUUGUUGUGACCCUCGCAACAAGCUUAACCUAGUUUAUCCUGAGUUAAAGAUUAGGGUUAGAGUACAUGUAGUAUCCUAUUAAAGGUUCUUCAGUUUGCCAGGCUUGUCUAGGUCCUUUUUUUAUCAGUUUUAUAGUACAAGGUGAAGCCUUUAACUUUGAAAUGGAUCCGAUUUCUGUAAUAAACAAAUGGCUGCAAUCAUACCUAUUAAAUUUCACAUACCUUACUUUCUUUGAUUCAAGAUUAAGAUCUGAUCUUUAUUAAACUCACUUAUCCUUCUCCCAGAUGGUUUAAGGUUAGAUUUAAUUGUUCGGCUUUGGCUCAGAACACUUGCGCAUAUUUUUACAUCUUAACGGUGUACAGUAGUGGCUUCCAGGCUGCAGCUGGUUGAACAGGGGCUGCAUGUGUCUGCAUGUGAGAGGCGUGCCCCCUCCUUCCCCCCACCCCCCCACCCUUUUACCAGUCUGCAGGCUAUGAGCUCUGUCUCUACAAAGACUGUCUCUUAUGCUGUUACCGGUUGCACCCGAGCAUCAGGGUGCACAUUCUGAAAAGCAGAGGCUUAUUUUUUCAUGAUGAUUUCUGAUAUCUGCUUUAGACCUGAUACUUCAGUUUGAUCCCUGUAUUUAUGUACCCCUGACCUCAUUGUCACAUCCUGCUUUUAUCCUGAUCGAUCAAUUGAUUUUUGUGACACAAGCACCUUUACAUAAAAGCUCAUAUUACAACCUGGAAACUACAUUACUGCUUAUUUGGGGAUAUUUACAGCUAAUCCAAAACCACAGGAACAGAGUUUAUUGAGCGGUUUGAGCUAUUUGAGUCAGUGAGGUCUAUUUAUAUCUCUGUCCUUUUUUUCUGUUUCAGUCAAGCCUUGAGAGAUACAUUGAGUCACCACCUCAGUAUGGCAGGUUUAUAAAGUAAUCAGCUGUUUUCACAGAUAUUUUCCAGUAAGCUGUGUGGGUUUGUGUAAAGAAACGGUGUUCAGAGCAUUAAAGUGAUCUUUUUUCCCUUCUCGGAGGAUGUUUGGAGCAUACAUGCAUGAACUUCUUUCUGCAUAACUUUUAAAACUCUGACACCCAAUCAUGUCACUUUAAAGUUUUGGGUUAAAUCUGAAAAUGUAAGUCAUUUCUAGAGUUUUUCACGUCUUAGCUUCUUGGCCUCUGUCAGCUUGACAUGAUGACACAGGAUGUCAGUGAUCAGUGAUCGGCGUAUAAUCCGGAGGGACAUUCCUGCGUCCUCAGCGGUUUCCAGCUGACCUCACGGAUGAAUGCAGACUCGACAUUAUCUGACCAGAGGAGACGUAUGUGCAUCAUCAGGCUCUGUCCCACUGUGAACUAUGCAAGUGAUGCAGUAGACUGGAGGAAGCUCAGCAUCCGCUCCUCUUGGUUUUGAGCUCAGUUGGUUAUGCAACUGUCUGUGUUGUGAUGGCUCUGCGCUCUCUCUGCUUAGGGCUGCUUGGCUGUCUGCUUUCUGGGCCGCAGCAGCAGCAACAGUGUAAUCAUGUUAAGCCAAAAAUUCUGUCAGUGUAGUUGAUGUAGUCUGCAAGAAUACAUCUGCUCCCCGAUAAACAGCUCUCAGUCUCAUUCAAACAUGUCGUUUAUUGGAAAAGCAAGGCUGGAAAAGCUGCUCGUCAGUUUUAUAAAGAACACGGUGAUCCUUUUAGUUAGCUUAAAUCGAACACCAGACAAUCAGAAUAUCAGAGUUCAUUGAUUAUGUAUUGGCUAUCUAAUGGAUACCAAAUUGACACGUGAUAUGAUGUGACAUUUGAUGUUGGAAAAUCCAGCAGUGUUUAAAUUCCCCUAUAAAAACUGUUCUCUGUGUGGAGUACUCAACAGCACAAAGACAAGUCAGACUUUUUCCCAUCUCGUGUGUUUCUGUGGCUGUUAUUGGUGCCCUUUAACACAAACAGCUCAUUCUUUGCCCGUCUACGUAAUGUUUGACUCACUCAUGCUCCUCACUUUCUCCUUCUUGGACCAGUAUAAUUCUACUUUUUGCUGUUUGUAACCAUUCAACCUGUAGUUUCUCAUAUUACUUUAUCAAAGUUUAUAACAUUUAAUCAUUUUGUUUUUAAUUUCCAAACAUUCAAUAAAGUAAAAUUUAAGUAAUUCCAGAAAUUAAAUGAAGUGAAAUAUCCAAGAAAAAGUCUGUGCUGCUUUACUUCCUCUAAUCAGGAUUAGAUUAGGAUUAAUGAAGCGUCCCUCCUUUAUUUCAUUUAUGUACUGUGUUAAAAGUCAGGAUUUGUUCAGUGUGCAGUCAAAUCAUUUUCAUCAGUCAAGUAAAAAAUGACUUGAAUUGUGUGAGUCAUGUUUUUGAGACGGAUAAUAUUGGAGCUAUGUUGUAGAGGAAAAUGAUGAAGUCAUAAAUUUCACAAGAAUUGAGAAACAAAUGCCCAGUAAUUAAGUCAAAGUUAAAAGUAAAAGUUGUUAAUAAGUAUGAAGCUGUGUAUUUACAAGAGUACAGUAACAAAUACAUGUUGACGUUGACGAAAUAUUUCAUCGUCAUCGUCAAUGAAAACAACACUGCAGAAUAUAUGUUUAGCGUUUGACUGACGAAAUGCUCAUGAAUUUUGCAACUCUGUUUGUCGUCCACCACUAACGUUUUCAUCUAGUCUCGUCUCGUCAAUGUAAACGCACAUUCGUCUCGUCACAUUUUAGUCAUCUAAGACUUAUGUUUAGCUCGUCAACGUCACGUCUUCGCUGUGGGAAAAAAAGGGGCGUUGACAAAAAAAAACACUGUCAGAGGAGCAUUUGGCACUUAAGUGAGGAGCCUGGAGAACUUCUGGACCUCAUACUUCAGUAAAGAUUUUGUAAAUAACUGAAUGCACAACUUUUUCACUCAUUGUUAUACUCCAAUCUUAUUCUGAAUAUAGAUUAACUAUAGCCUGUAACUUUUUACUUUAUAUGAGAUCACUGAUCAUGUAAUGAUGUCUUUCUUCUCAUGAGAUUAGGACUGUCCUCACUACUUUAUUCUUGGUGGUUUAUGAUUUGGCCUCAUUAGAUGAUAAUCUGAUUAUUUUCAUCCUUGUAUCACCCUGGUAACAUGAAAUGCCUCUUCUUAUGCAAGAACUUUUUACAAUAAUUAACUCUAUUAUCUACGUAUUGUUAAUUGCUAUUACGUGAUUUAUUUGUGAGAAUUUUAAAGUUUAACUUUGCUGCGAAACAACCUCUGGCUAUGACGUACAACAUUUAAUAUGAAGCGCAGCGUUCCCUGGAAAGACAAAGGUUACUCACAAACAAAAACAUUCACCUCUUUGGUAUUCGUCAUCGGUUCUCAGGAUGAUGCCUCUGACUGUGGUUCUUCUUCAGUAUGAAAAAGCUCAUUGUUUUUAACAGAAGCCUGAAGUACUUUUCUACCUCGGGCACUGAUUUCAUACUGAAGUUUAGUGUUUGUCACUUGUUUUUGAGUAUGAGAGCAUCUGCGUCUUUAAGGAGGACAGCGUGAACUCAAUGUAUUUCUUCUAGAACGUUAUCUAACGCUAGUUAUUGUGAUAUUCAUGUGUCAAACUGGUAGUAGGUUGGAAGCCUGUGUCAGUGAUGUUAAAGCGAUGUUCGUGAGUCAUCUUGCUGCAUUUCCUCAGAACUAAGCUUAUAAAAAUGUUCCUCUGUGUUACCUGUAGUUUGUCGCAGCACUAGGAACAUAUGCUUGUUUUAUCCUUGGCGGUGUUCCACCUCACCCAGGGUGGGGCCUGAUUUCAAUCAGUGGUUUCCUAGCAAGUAUUUCUGCCUGUGCCUAAAACUCAGUGAGGGGUUUUCAGUCUUUCUUUCCCAUCACUUCAUCAGCAUACUUGUUCUCUCUCUUUCUUCCUUUUACCCUCCUACCACAUGAUCUUCCUCAUUCCUCUGAGUCACAAGUCUUCAGAGGAAAUUUGAAUAUGUUAUCAGUAAACCAAGCCUCAUUUUUCUCAUCUUUGUUUCACCAUCUUACUCAAACUCGUCGCUAAACUUCUUGGCGUUUUCCGAUAGAAAGGGCCGAAUGAAGUCGCUCCAUUGAAGUUAAAGAGCUCACUUCUUUAAUUGAAUUGUUGGCAAGUGAGGCAAAGCUGCUAUUAUUUACGCUCCGGUGCACCCAAACCUUGGAUAACUUAGUCAGAUUAUUUCACAGAGGGCUUUAAUCAGUGAUGCAUUGAACAGUAAGCUGUUCCGUGCUCGAAACUGUCUAACACUUGGCUGGUAAUUAUUACACACUGUUAUGUGUAAGCAGGAGAGGAAGUUUAAAACAAUAACUGUCGGCCAAAUGUCGAAAUUUCCUACUUUUCAGGUGGAAAUGUCACUUAAUCCAAGACAUGAUAUCGAUUUCCAUGCUUGGUUUAUAGUUGUAAGUUUGCUAAUGUGGUCCAGUGUAAAGCUCUGCCUCAUGAAAGAAACCCCUUGUGCUGUUCAUCUCUUUGCAGUUCAGAGUAUCUCUCCCCACUACAGCGCAUGUUGUCCUGCAGAUGGAUUAUAAGGUUACAUAACAAGACACUAAGGAAUAGAGUAUUUGUUUUAGCUCUGGUACAGGAUUAUCAGCCGCACUCAGAGAUGGUGGAUGGAUCAUAAAAGGACAACGCCACGAACUUGAUAAUUUUCCAGGGGUAAAAAAAAAAAGGGUUGUAUUUAGAAUAAAGUUUAAUUGGAAUAAAUUUCAGUUUCCAAAGUAAACAGUAAAAAAAAUCCUUCAAGAAUCUCUUUGUUUAUCCAAACAUGAGGGCAGCAUUUCUACUUUACAGCUAUGGUAUGAUGUGUGUCUAAUGAUUUUCCUCGUCACCUGAAGCCAAACACACUCUGUAAACACCCAUCCUUUCUGUCUGCUACACUCCCAGACACCUCUGCCAGGUGCUGCUCCCUGACACCUCACCCAAAUUUGGCAGCCAUGCCCAGCAACACCAGUUUUAUUCACAUCUACCUGUUAUUUGAUCAGGACACCUCCCUUUCUAAACAAUGUGGCUCCUUUCUUUUCUGCUUAAGAACAUACAGUGCCGUUAGCUGAUUAGCUAAUAAUUUAACAAGGACAUGUCAUAAUAGCUUGAGGUGUUUGUUGUUGUCGUUACCACAGAUAUCCCGCGCUUUAAUGUUUUUCGAAUGGCGUCCAAUUUUUCUAGAAGGAUCUGCUUGUAAUAGUAUCAGGGACCAUUUUAGCGGAUUAGCUUCGACAAUGAUGUGAAGUUAAUUUUUGUUUAUACCCCACUGUUCACUUUUAAGCUCUAUUGUGCGGUGAAAAACGCUGAAAUCUGUUGCAAAUUGCAGACUUAGAGAAAAUAAACCCACCAUUACGAGUUAUCUAAUCGCAUUGUGGCGUACAGGAAUAGCCAGUGGUCACCAUGAGGAUUUUCACGUCAAAUCCUGUUUAAAGCAUGCAGAAAUAGCACUCUCUUAUAAUAGAUAUUUUAGAAAGCAAGUUACAAGCCACCAGAAGGAGACUACAGUGGAGAAUUGAAAUAAUCUAGAUAUGAUUUAGAUAAACUUAGUAAAGAUAGUAAAAAGUCAAACAUGUUUCAUAGGGGUGGGAGAAAAAAAAGACUCACAUAAGUAUCAGGAUUUUUUGUUUAACAAUUUUUAAAUCGAUUUUUAUGUUCAAAAACCUUUAUUUUUUUUAAAUAUAAGAAUAAAUCUUAAAAACUGACUUAUAUACGAUGUGUAUUUUUGGGGGGAAUAUGGUUCCUUGAAUAGUCAGUAGACAAUCAUAAUCAUUCAGCUGUUUCACUCGUGUUAUAAAAUGUAGGCUAAAGAUAGAGAAAAUCGUCAAUAUCGUAGAUUCGCAAUUUAAAUUGACUCAGCAUCCAAAAAAUUAUAGAAGAAUCAAACCGGGAGAAAGGCAUAUCAUCCCAGCCCUAAUAUUUCACAUUUAAACAAAAACAGCAGCACACAGUACAUCAAAAUAAAAAUGUUCAUCUUGAGAGGACUGUCCCUUGUUAUAGGCCUUGUUUCACAUCCAGGAGAAUCUGACUGGCUGAUCUCAGUGCUCUAGCUGGAGUGUUAACACGUUGAAGUUCAGUAAAAUGAGGUGGCGCCAGUCCACAAAGAAUCUAAGACAUGUAUAUUGAUAUAUUAAUGAGGCCAUUGGAGAGAGAGUAGCACAGGUGUGAACCUCAUGAAACUGUGGUUGGAGAGGAAUCUUGCCACCCUCUGUCAGUGUGAAUGCCAGAUAUCAUUCUCUAAUUGGGACGAUGAGUGAUGCACUUGAAUGUUUUCUCUUGAGAGACACUAAUUAAACCUGUCCUGGUUAAAAUCAGCAGAGCCUACUUCAGCCAUCCAACAAAGCUAAGAAAUAUAACAGGAGCCAUCCAAAAGUGAAGCAGCUUUCAAGGCAAAACUUUGAAUACAUUGCUCUUGAUAGCAAUCCUUUUAGAGUGAUGGUAGAUGAGGACUUCCACAAGCUACUUGGAUUGGUUUUGGGCAAAAUGAGUUCAGAAAUUUUGGAAAUGAACUAAAAAUCCAUGAUCAUGUAUCCUUAGUGUUGAUAGCUGAAAUUUCUUUUCACCCCUGAAGCUCUGAUUGCAAUCUUUCAUCCUUUCUGAUGCAUAUUUUCCUGUUUUCAUAAAGACAUGCACCAGCUUUUAUCAGGUUUACUGUCCUGUGUAGAAAUUUGUUCAUUCUUCCAUACGUUUAUUCUACUGAUAGAUGUGGUUAGAUUGAGCUGUCAGCAGACAAUACGACACAGCAGAGCCUGCAGAGAAAGAACAGCUCAGUUCUGUUUGUUUGUUUGUUUUUGGCAGCUUUUGAUGGCCUGUAACAAGCUGCUAAGGAAAAGAGACUGGUCACACUGCCUGUAAAUAAAAGAAAGCAGUGUCUGAAUGAAACCAUCCCCAAGUUGUGGUAAUAGUUACGCUGUUUAGAAGAACACUGUGGCCUAAUUUCACUUUAGGUUUGUGGACAGGAGCUGUGGCGCUGUUGCUUCAGGUGAUUUGUGUUUAAAGUCGUCUAUCCAGCCAAGCCAGAAGGGCUCGGAGACUGGGUUUGUUUCACGAGGAUGUGACGUUUAUUUUACAUCAUCGGGGUCAGGACAAUAAUGGAGUCAUUAGCCUGCCAGCUGAUGACAGCAUGAUAUUGGCACAAAGAAGGGCUAGUUUAGAAGUUAUGAAGUGACAGAAAAAUGUCUAAUUAUUCGACUUAAAGUGUAACUAUCCUUCAGAUAGAAACAGAUUGAUAAGCUUACUUUCACAGUAAGUUGUUCAUGUUGUGUGAACCACCAGUAAAAACAAAAAUUGGUCAAAUUCUAACCUUUGGAGGAAGAAAAGAAAGUCUUUAAGCACUCAAAGGAAGCUUAUAUAUUCUUUAAUUUCCCCUUAUUUCCUCUUGUUUGUGAAACCUCUCACAUCCCUUUUUUUUCUUUUUGUGUCGCAGGUUAUCGACUCUCUGGGCGUCAUGAUCUACAAAGCUCUGGACUAUGGCCUCAAAGAAAACGAGGAGCGUGAACUCAGCCCGCCGCUGGAGCGCCUGAUCGACAUGAUGACCAACAUCCAGGAAACCGAGAGCGACUCGUGUCCCGACGAGGGCUACGAAGCCACAGAGGAGGAGGAGGAUGAGCGCGAGGAGGAAGAUGAGCUCGUCUGCGCUACCAGCACUUGUCCGGUCACAAGCGUUCGCAGCUAUCGAGACCUCAUCAUGGUAGGUUCUUGAAAGAGGAGAAUAUUCUCGCACAGUUGUGGCGGAAAAUAAAAAAAAUUCUUUAGCUUUGAUAUAACCCUGGAGAAAAUGAGAAUAAUGUGUAAGCUGUCCUUCGAAGUAUUAAAGGGAUAUUCCGGCGUAAAAUUAAGUUAGGGUCAAACACACUGUGACACCGAGUUAGUAACGACCGCACGAUAGCAAUACACAGAGCCACGCCCUCAACCAAAAAGCCACUCUUUAGCCACAAAUAAUGCUCAGAACAGCACCUAACUUCAUCAACAGUACUCCAUAGCACUAGCCACCAAACAUCUUUUUAGCUUUACCUGAUUUCUUUAGCAAAGAGACUAAACACAACUCACCUACUCUCUUCCAGCAGCCGCUUGUUUGUAGCGAGAUGAUGCUGAUAAUAAGACAGUUGUUUUAAAAGUAUUUUAGCCAUUUGAUUCGAUAUUUUACAUUCAUCAUGAUGAAAAUGACAUUUUGCAACUGACAAUGUUGAGCACACUUGUUUUUGCCACUUUCACACAUUUUGCCAUCAUUCUGAUCAUCAACACUCUUUCAUUGCUUAAGCUUAAAAUGUUGCGCUUCUGGAGGCCAUCCCCCCUGCAAACUCCCUAAGUAUUUUCUGCCUAUGAGGCUUGUAAUUAUAGCUGUGUAAACAUGCUGGUGUCUGGAGAAUAGGCUUAGAAACUUUCACAGCCUGCUCCGUACAUAUAAUCACCCCAAAGUGUUACACAAUUUGAGCUUUGUUAAAUGUUGUGUGAGUCGAACCCGGCUCCUAAUUCCUCCAACAAUCACUUCCUUUGGUGUAAACUGCUGUCGUGACGCGGCCUGAUUAGAUAACUGCUGACCUCCUUCUUGACUCGUACUCUAGUGGUCUCUUGUGCAGACAUAGGUGGGGUGGCUCAGGGUUCAGUGACAACACUAUGCUGACAAAAGGUGACAGAACAUGCCGACGAAGCUCCCAAACAAGGCAAGAUGAGUUCGACAGGGAGCGGGUUUUCUCAUGCUUUAGCGAAAUGGAGCGAACCGAGGAGUGGCUCCAUUGUUGUUAGCUCACUUUGAUGUUAAUUAAUGUUCAUUAAGUUGUCAGAAGAUUUCACACAAGGGAGGCAAUCAAUUAAACAGCAAGUCUCCAUCCCAAUAAACUCUUAUUUAUUCUUGUCUGUGUAAAAGUAGACGAAGUGUGAAGCUUGCAGAUCACUGUUAUUAGUCAAAACAGUGGAAAACACUGAUUUAGCUGGAUUUGAAGGACAUUCGUAAACACUCGCCAUGCUCUGGUGUCAUUUCACCUGACAUUCCUCUUCUGAGAAUGAGGAAGAAGGCACGCUCUGCUGAGUCAAACAUGCCUGUGGUGAGCCAAGCCCAACAUAAAGACAGCAAAAAUGCCAUUGGUCUGGUUUUGUCCUUUGUGUCCCUGGAGAUAAUUUGACUGUGAUUGUAUUGAAGAGCGCCUGCUGGAGUAGUGGAUGAGCUGCUAAAUACCUCAUAGGUCAGAGCUUUAAAUGGUGCUUCAGUGAUGCUAGUCGGGCAAUGUUGCUCAUCAGGUUCAUGUUGUUAAAAGUUUUGGUUUUGAAGUUUUAUUUUUAGACACACCCUCAUUCCGUGGAUGAUUGUCAAUCAGAUACACAUGAAAAAGUGUGUUGAAUAUUAGAGGGGUGACUCACAGAAUGAUUCGAUACACACAAAAAUGAUAAUACCAUGAUACAGCAAUUCUGUGGUAAAUAACAAACACCAAGAUAACAUAUGUAAUGAUACAUCUGAUUCACUGGAGAAUAUCAGAUAUGAGGUGAAGAGCAGGAUUAAUGUCUGGAGUGCCAACGCCACUGUGAGGAGUCAUGAUUAGAGAUGCACCGAUCCGUUUUUUCCCAAUCCAAUCCGAUACGAUAUCUGGGCUGAAUGUAUCGGCCGAUAUCCGAUACCAUUCAAUACUACUGUUGAAUGAACAAACUGUACACCUUGCUCUUUGAGUGAAGGCAUCAGGCUUGACAUUAGCCUUGUCAAAAAAAAGUUAACAAAUUAACACAUAUAUCUAUAGAUAGACAUGUGUUAAAAGAAAAAUUUAUCAAAACGAAAUGAAGACUGGAUCGGAACACUGGGUCGGCAUCAUUCAUUCGAUAUCCGAUCCAAAUAUCAGAUCGGUGCAUCCCUCGUCAUGAUAGGGAAACUGUUUUAAGCACAAUUUAAUAAAAAUAAAUAAAUACUCAGCACAAGCCUUUCCAUAAUGUGUUGUACCCAUCAGAGGGCUGUAUCAUAUUGAUAGUUUUUCCCACCUUUACUUGACAUUUAUGCUUCUCAGAGAUUGAACGCUGCAGGCUAUUGUGAUCACCUAAAAGUUUUCUCUCUGCAGAUCUUUUACUGUUUGUCUCAAAAAGUGUUGGUGAAUUGCAAUUUUAUGUUUUAUGGAUGGUCAUAUUCUCCUGGGGCUGAACCAUCUUGACUUUUGUCUCCAUAUUUUCAUUCUAUCUAGCCUAAAAAUCCCACUAAUAUUUAAAUUUGACCAAAUAAAUCCAAAACUUGUAUUAUUUAUGUUUGCCUCAGCUGUAUUUGAUGUGCAGUUGUUAUAAGAGCAUGUUAGCAUGCAUGCACAUUAGCUAAAGCGAGAAAUGAAAAAUGGUGUUCUUAAGAGACCAGCUUCUGUGGGAGGAUUUGAUUCGCUGCUGCGUCUGAGCUGUGGAGAGUCUAACCUGAAGUCAGUGAUUUUAACAGAUAAAAAAAGUCACCAGAUUGUGCAAAUUUCCAGCAUGUUUACAUUUUUUAAAAAGCAGUGCAGUAAAUUCUUGCGGAAGUGUGGGUGUAUGAUUUUACAUUUCUGGAUGAGUCAUUAUUCUAUAUUUGUAAAAUAUAAACUGUGGGGGGUGGGGGGUUUGCCUCCUUCAUUGAGCGUCUGUAGCUGGAUGCGUCAUCAUUUCUUUAUAUACAUAUUUCAAAGAUUCCUCUUCAAAGUCUUAUCUUUGUAUUCUCCAUUUGUUUUAUGAAAUUUUUUUUAUUUGCAUUUCAUCUUUAAGUACCACAGUAUACAGUUCUUAUACUUUAUGUUCCUUCCUCUCCUGUACAGCUAUGUUCGUCACACCUGCCCAGCCCAUCAGACGCCCCCAACCAUUACCAGGCCGUGUGUCGUGCUCUCUAUGCAGAGGCAAGGGAGCUGCGCACCUUCCUGGAGAAGAUCAAGAGUGCCAAAGAGGUAAGAAACUCCAGAGUGUGACAUCUGUGAGCUUGUGCUAAAUCUGGUGAGGGUAAGUCACGCUCAGUCUGAAACAAAAAACAACACCAUCUGCUUGUGUACCUUCCAAAAAGUCAGAAGUUCGCUCGUCAUUUUUAUCCCAGACAUUUGACUCAUUAGCACACCUUUCAUGUCACAACAUGUGGGAAACUGGAGGUGAUAAUCAUGGUGCGGAUGUAAGAAAGCACCAAUAUCUCCUUCUCUUCAGUUUAGCUCUCUGGUGUUUUCCAUUCCCAGCGUUAGAGUGCCCGUUGUCUCAACAGAUCUUGAUUCAGCCCAGUCAGUCCUCAAAGUGGUGCCCAGAAACAACACGAGAGCAAUAGCUGAUAGGCUGGGAGGGUUGAGAGUGAGACUGUGCGUAUCCCUAUCUGACCUCCCUGUCAGGGCAAUUGAGAACUCAACAUUGUUUUCGCUACUCGCAUGACUUAACUCUGCACAUGGACUUGAUCCGGCAUCCUGUUUUCAUCCCUGUAUAUUAGCUUAUUGGCAGAUUUAUUGCUCGGAGUGGACUGUUGGUGCUGGAGUAAUUGAGUAUGAUAAAUAAGAGGUUCCCUUAAGAGCGUGUGCAUUAGAGAGCAUGUUUAAGACCAUUAACUGUCUGUUAACUGAGAUGUUUUGUGGUUUGGAUCAAAAAAAUCAUUAAAUAUUGAGACCAAAGAAAAGACAGAGGAUGGAAGAAGUUAGGGCAAACCCUUUUAUUACAAAUCUCAGGAUGUGUCUUUCAUAAUAAGUGAAUAUUUUGAGUUAUAAAGGAGAGUGCAUACAAGAAGCAUCUACUUCAUCAGAAUCAGAAUCAAAAUGCCCUUUAUCGUCAUUAUACUGGAGGUACAACCAGAUAGGAGAGCUUCUCCAUUUUCAGUGCAAACAAAAACAGGUACAGACUAUAUACAAGAUAAAAUCCUCUAGUGCAGGGUAAAUAGUGCAAUGAAAACUGUAUACAAGAAUAGGAAAGAGAGAUAAAUAUUAAGAAUAAUGUAUGUUUAUAUAUAAUAUUGAGGUAGGAUUCAAAAUAGCAGCAGUGGCAGUAGUAAGUAUAUUACACCUGUUACUCAUACUGAAGGCUGGGGAUGUUUUCUACGGGAGUUCAAGGUGGUGAUGGCUCUCGUGAAUAAACUUCAUAGAUUUAAAUAUGAUUUUUAAAAUUAUUUUGCCAAACCACUCUUUUAGAUUCUACGAUACAAACUGGGUCUAAACCAACACUUCAAUAUGUCGCCUUCCAAAAAUGGGACUCAGCAGUCCCAAAAUGGGCCCACUCAUAUAAAAAAACAGAGAGAAAAUUGAGUGGUGAAAUGAUGAGCUCAAUGACUGAAUGUAAAAAUCUUCCGCUGUUUUACUUUCCAUUAAAGCUCCAGGAAAUACUCCUACCUCAUGGUUAAUACCCAGAGGAUGAGCUAAAAUAGACACAAAUAGAAACCUAACCAGUCUAACCUUACUGUUGUUGUCCUCAGUGUGUUUUGUUGAGUGUUUGUCAAGCUCUUCAGUGUUUUCUUUUUCUUUUUCUUUCAUUUUAUUGUUUUUGGCCAGAGUGGAAACAGGCUGAAAAAGCAUCUUACUAUGAACAGGCUGAGAUGAACUGCACUGGCCUUCUUUCUGCAGAUUCAUGUGAAAUUACACGGUCCUGAUAUCAGAUUGGAUCUGAGCUCUCUUCCUACCCUCUGAUCUUUAAAGCAGCAGAGAAAUAGCAGACACGAGUGCUGUGAUUACCAAUCCAAUCUUUAAACGCAGUAAAUAUUAAAAGUGUUAUUUCAGUUUGAAGUUGAUGGGAAAGUCAUUGCCCCACCCCUCCCAUCGGCAUCAAAUGAAACUCUGGCGUUCAUUCCGGCUCAUGCUUGUGCUCCCUGAUUGAGUUGAGGUUUAAAAGAAACACAUGACCUGUCAGACUGCUUUAGCGUACAGUAAGUACACAAUCAUGCGCUAGGUGCUGGCUGUGACUUCUGCGGGAGGCAUGAUUCAUACAAACAGUCUUAUGUAAUAAACGGUUAUAGAAUCAAGUUUAACCUUAUUACAGCAAUUUAAGGAGCUUACAGGAGGGGGACCAGGAGGCUUUAGGGGCCUUUUUUUACUUCCUGUAACAGUGUGUGACAUGGGAUAUUUGCUAAUAAGUAACCAUACACAGUAACACACAUGCUUCCAAUGAGCCUUUCUUUUAGUUUUUUUUAUGAUGUUUUUCUCUCUUUAUCGCAAGAAUCUAUCUGCAUCUUCUUGUAGGAUUCCCUGCCAUCUGUACUGCCAGUCUACGAAUAAACCGAAACUAUCACUUGACAGGAAAGGUGUUGAUUGGUGUCACAGCUGAGAAUUAAUUUUGACGCAGAAAUGCUUUAAGAGAGAAGAAAAUAUAAAUGAAAUAAUGGUCCAAAAAGCAGCUCACUGUUUCCAACCAAAUAAACAGGUGUAAUAAAUUAAUGUGUAGAAAUAUGUGUGUAACAGUAUUAAAAAAUCAAUCUGUUCACUUCAAAUCUGUGAUUUGAGGUGUUGCUUUGGUUCAUUCUCAGUAAACUCAACACGUUAAACUGAUUUUCCUUUAUCAGAAAAUUGUAGAUCAUGUCUGAAGCAAACACUGACAGAUUAGGCUGCUCAAAUUUAUUUAUUUUUCUUAUAACCUUUUAAAUGAAAAGAUAAUAUAAUAGGAACAAUCAGGAUCUGGAGUUAGACCCUAAUUAGAACCAAAUGCAGGCAGCAUCUCUGUUUUGCGAGUGAACUUCAGAGACCACAUAGCAGUUUAAAUAUUCAUGUUAUGAACCCGUUGAUGCCACUGUACUGAAACCAGUGUUUCAAGUGAUGAACCUGCAUGAUGCCACUGUACUGAAACCAGUGUUUUAAGUGAAGCACUCCCGUUUUCUUUUAUACUUUUAGUUCUCUGGUACCCCUCAGUUCUGUACCAAAUGUAUCUAUAAAUCUGUGACAAGACUAGUCGAAUAGAGGAAAUCUUUAAAAGAUACAAUACUGGAACAACACCCAUAAAUCAGUUAACCAGACUGUUUUUACAAUAUGGAUACUUUGUGUGCUGUCAAUACACAAGAGAUCUUUUCCUCUUUCUUAAUAUUUGUCUGUUUUUCUGUCUAGAACCUGCGGAGGAUGGAGGGCGAGACUCAAGAGGAACCAGCAAAAGACCUGGAUGAGCUUCAAAAUGCAGACUGGGUAAGAACUUUACUGAAGUGAUUAUAAUCUGUUUGCAUUUUUACUUAUUUUAAUUGCAAAAGUCAUCAUGUUUCAUGUCUCUUUAUUGGGUCCAUAUUAGGCGCGGUUCUGGGUGCAGGUGAUGCGAGAUUUGAGGGAUGGCGUGAAGCUUAAGAAGGUUCAGGAGCGCCAGUACAACCCGCUGCCCACCGAGUACCAGCUCACGCCGUAUGAGAUGCUGAUGGACGACAUACGCUCCAAACGCUACAAGCUGCGGAAAGUCAUGGUGGGAAUUUCACUGCGCAAGCUAAAAAAUCACAACAAGAACCUUUUUUUUGUUUCCUACACUUCUGCAGGCAUAACUUUAUUGCUUUCUGAACAUCAGUCUCAGAUAUCUGUUUACUGUAGCCUGGACUGUGAUUUAAGAUGAGCUUUGUCCCGUGAUUGUAGGUGAAUGGAGACAUCCCGCCGAGGUUAAAGAAGAGCGCUCAUGAGAUCAUUCUGGAGUUCAUCAGGUCACGACCACCCCUGAACCCUGUGAGUAUCACACAGUGAGACGUCAGAAGAUGUUGCAUAAUUCACUUAUUUUUUAAAGUUAUAGAAGAAAAACAACAGAUUUAGUUCUGAUUAUUAUCCAUAUCUAAAAUGGAAUUGAACUUCUGAUGACAGUUACCAUCUAUGUGCAGUAAUGUUUUACAGCCGUUACAGUAGUACAAUGGUGUUCACAGUAAAUGCCAAAUAUCUGGGUGUGAAUGAUGGGACACAUUAAGUCGCGUACACGUGACUUGAUGUGAGUUUGUGGCGUUGUCAACAACACAAACAUGUGAUUAAGAACAGAAUAGUUUGAUGAUCUCAUGCAGAACAAAAUAGGCAAUCCUGCUCGGGGAGAUUUGAUAGGGGAGUCUCACGAUGGGUUUCUACGGUGAUUGCAGUCAAGAGCUCACUUGUUUGGUCCUUUUGACAGGUUUCUGCCCGCAAACUGAAACCACAACGGCCGCGUCCUCCCAGCCUCCACGAGCGACUCCUGGAAGGCAUCAAAGCCGAGAGGAAACUGAGGCCUGUCUCACCGGACAUGAUCCGACGACAUCGCCUAGGUCAGCAGCUCACAGUUACACACGUUACCAAUGUUUAUACACACAUAUCAUCAUUCAUCUUAACUGUCUAACAACAUCUGAAGAAAUCCUGUUUGUUUCCGAUCAUUUAAAGCAUGGCUGUUUACUGACCGCAUGAGCCAAACGUGUCCACUCAGGACAAAAACCAUUAACCAUGAGUCUGACAUCUUAACUACAUCUGUCAUGAUUACUCAAACAGCCCUGGUCCUGCAUCGAUCCAUGCACUCCAUCAAGUGUCGUAGUGUUUGAACAAGGAUUGCUAACACUGUCGCUGUUCGAUAGAUCCGCUGAACUUACUGUUGCAGUGUCAGGAAAUUGUUUAAGAAGAUCUUCAGUGAGAUUUUUUACUGUAACUACCUUUGGUAUUUACUCAUAUUUUAUGAUUUUAUUUAGGUUAGUAUUUUCUUUUACUUAAAGCUCCUGUGAGGAGUUUUUUGGUUAUAAAAUAAGAAUAAGAAUUACUUUAUUGUCAUCUUGUCUCUAGACUGAAAUAGAAUCAGAAUCAGAAGGGGUUUUAUUGCCAUUGUUGAUGAACAGGAUUCACAAACUAGGAAUUCGUUUUGGCAUGAUGGUGCAACAAUAAACACAGAGAAAUAUAAAAUACUAGAAUAAAAACUAAUAAGAGCAUGCAAGAAAUAUAUAAAGUAUAAAAGUAUAAAAAUAUAAAAGUAUAAAUAUAAAUAGAUGCUAUGGCCUACAAUAGCAAAUUAGACAAUCUCUAUGAGGACUGAUUAUUUUAGUGUAGUUAUUUUUUAAAUCUGAAUGUGCUGCUGAGGGGUAGAUACCAGACAAAGUGGUUCACAGCACAGAAAUCAGUGCAUGAGGGUAGGUAUCAGUGAAGAUGCUGUGUAAAGAAUUCAGAAAUUCAUACAUUUGACUGUAAAAAGGUCAAAAGAUGCUACUUCAGCCUGUGAAGGACAAGACAAGCAAGGGCGGCUUUGUCCUCAAAAUUCAUAUUUAGCUAAAGUUCCUUAUAGGAGCUUAAAUUUUUGUCCAUUCAGUCAGCAUGUAUCAGGAGUUUUUCUCAAAAGCUUAACCUUUUUGAAUUUGGUAUUUAUUUUCACAAACAGACUGCAUACAUGCGGUAUAUAAUCCUUCAGGUAUGCUGUUGUUAUAUCCAGUUUAACCUUUAAAUCAGAUUAAACAGAAAUGAUUGUGUCAGUCUAUUUACCAUAUGGUGCUUCUGUGCGGUGCGCUCAAGAAAUCCUUUGUGAAGCGAUUUAUGAGGCUAACGUGAGGCAGGUGUUACAUAAGCGUACUUGUCAGGGACUGCGGUGUCCACUGAAACUGUUCCAAGACUUUUAUUUUAUGAAUAUACAAUUUACUUUUAAUGAACUUUGAUGAUUCAUUUAAUUUGCAAUCCAUUUUAACUCCCAUGGAUUUCUUUUCUCCUUCUCCGUUUCUUUUUUUUCCCCCCUAAACAUGGGCGAUUCUGUCAGUCAUGCGACCUCUUAGCAUGUCUUACAGUUUUGACUCAUCAGGUAAAGUUGCACGUCACCCUUUUUGUGUUCCUUUCGUUGUUCCUUGUGUUUCAUUCCAGGCUAUUUUAGGUCGAGCUUGUUGUUCGAGCACAAACACAUGGACACACCCUGUGUUUUUUUUUUUUUCUUUAUUUCAUACUUGUGUUGUACAAAGUGUGUAUGACACUCCUUUCACUCGCUGGUUGUUGUUUACACACACUUAACUGCAGCUGAGGAAAAGAUGGGUUGACACAGUGCAAACUAAUCUCUGUGGGUCUUAAGUUCUUUAAGGAUUUUGCUGGAAGACGACGAAGUAAAAAAAAAGUACAACUCACAACAAGUCCUCUACAUUUAAUGAAUGAGUUGGAUGAAUUAUAAAUAGUAGUUUCUUUAGGUAUACUUUAGGGAUGGCCAUCAAGUCAAAGUGAGAGGGCUGAGAUUACAGAUCAGUGGCUUGUCCCUGCAGCCAGUUGGCCUCGCUUGUCACCCUAAUCCGCUCUCACUGUGGAAUAUGAAAAGUUACAUAACACCAGUGUCAGCAGCACUACCUCAGAGGAAGAGUUGAAUGGCAGAUGUCAGCCUGAAUGCUGCAUUUUCACAGAAUGAACCGGGAUAAUCCAGACGGAUGUACGGGACUAACAUUUGCACUGUGGCUGCACUCACUGUUUUACUCCGCAUCCCUGCCACUUCCUGUCACUUCCCUUUCAUGUUGUGCUUUCCAGCUUCACAUGUCUUAAUAAACGCCACUUCUACGCAGCAUCCUCACAGAUCACAUCUGGUCACACAGAUGUUUGUCGCUCUCAUGUCCCCCUCCCCGUGGUACCAGUCUGGUGUAAAGGAUGGAAAUGUUCGUUUUUUUUGCGGUUUUUCUGAAGGUUUUAUUCCUUUAAAUCCUUCACAGGUGCAGGGAAAAGCAUCAGCACUCCUCAGGACUUGUUUCGCAGCACAGGUAAAACUCUCGAAAAGUGACAUCUCACGGUUAUUAAGCCAGCCUUUUUUCUUUUUUCUUUUGCUUUCUGGAACAAAACUCUUUUAAGAAGAGGCAAUCUGUUACAUAAGCGUAUGUUUGAGGCCUAUCUUGGUCACCAUGUGGUUUGCGUACGCACACUCUCCACACCACGCAUAACAAAACAAAGACACCCAUAGUUUACACCAAGGAUGUGAUGGCCAGCUGUUAAGAAAGAUAAGGAGAGAAGUCAUGGGAAUUCAGGAUUUACUUGUAAUACAUGACUAACCAAAAUGAUAUCCGCCCUCCCACAGACACCCCGGACGCACCAAGGAAGUUGGCCGUUAGCACCCAGUCUUUGGCCAGCGGCACCACAGGACCCAACCAAGCCGGAGUCCAGCCGCUGAGUCAGAGGAAGAGGCUGCUCCGAGCUCCCACACUGGCAGAGUUGGACAGCUCUGAGUCUGACGUAAGAUGCCGCUCUUUGAAUCAUGAUAGAUUUAUGAGCUGAAGUUAUCUUUAUGUGAAAUCUUGCGGCAAGAUUUAUUGAUGUUUUUACAACAAUAACCUCAAACUCUGUUUAUUUUAUAGUUUUUUAUUAUAACCAAAGGCAUCAUUAAUUUACAUUCUCCAUUAGCUAGAAAAUACAGACUAAUAUUUACAGACAUAUAACUCACAGCUGCAGCAUUCGAGUCAUUUUAAAGUCCUGCAAUUUUUCAACCAAUUUCAUGCUCUUAUGAGACUUGAUGUGUUUUGAUUUGAUAGGAUGAACCCACACGGAGCAGCUCCAGUAUGUCCACGUCUUUACUAGAUGACACAUCACCUGAAUCUGUCAUUGGAAAGAAAGGUAAGAGCUCAUCUCAAACGUAUUCUGCAGCUCAUAUUUAAUCUAAUUUUUUCUUCAGUUUCAUUUCAUAUUAGUAUUUACAUGUCAUGUCUAUAAUUUCUCGUCCGUUGUCUCCAGCUCCUCCAAAGUUCCUCCCCAUCUCUGCCACCCCACAGCCAGACAAGCGUCAGUCUCCUCAGAGGAGACACUCCAUUGAGAAGGAGACCCCCACCAGUGUCCGCCCCUUUGUGCCUCCAUCCAGACAGAGCUCCAAGUCUUUGGUAUGCACAUCGUCCAGGAAAUUUCUAUUAGCUUAUUCAGUAGACAUCCCUGCUGUUUUUGUAUCCAGCUUCUUUUUGCAACCCCAUAGUAACUCCUCUUAAAUAUUGUUGCUCUCAUCUGAUCAGUUGAAUGUGAAUCACCCUGCAGCGCAAACGUGAAUUGUAGCUUUAGCGAAAUAGCAAAUCACACACGUGGCCGUCCACAAUUUUAAUGAACUCUGACUAAAUCUGUCGACAGCUGUGGAAAAACAAUCAUUUAUUUGUUACAUUUUCCGGUCCUGUGACUGGACAUUUGUUUUCCAUGAGGUCAUUAGUUCGGUGAGCAGCUCUGUGCCGGUCGUAUGAUUCCAGUGAGAUAGACGCAGCUAAUUGAAACCACAGGACAGGCUGCUGUGUGAAGGGGAUUUAGAGGUUCAUUCUCACCACUCACUGGUCUGAUAGUAGACCUCUGAGGCUAGACUAGGACCUCUACUUUCAGCCACCCUAAGUUCAUCAAACAAGACGAAAUCCUCUUUCUCAGUUAUUUAGUUUAUUUCAGUGUUUCUUCUUCUUCGUCUGUUAUUCCUAAUGUUGUUGAUAAGAGCACAUGUUCGAACACGCCUCGACCUCCACAUAGAUGGUUAGUGUUUAAAUUUCCAGGAGGUUUAAAACAGUAAGAUCUUUGUUGCAGAUCCUCUGCAGCGCUCAUAUUCACAUUACUGUCUCAUUAAAAUUCUUACUGUGGUCAGCUGUUUGAUACUCAAGACUUAAUUUAUUUUCUAUUUUAUGUAAUGCUGCAGAUGAGGGCGGAUCCCAGGCCUGAGGUAACCUUUCUUUAACUGCAACAGUCCCAUUUAUUUAGCAUUUUGUACCUAUUGAACAGAGGUAGAGAAAUGUGGUGCUGGGUUGGGAAGAGAGAGACAGGAGUAGGACUUUCUGCAGGGGUGUGUAAAAUGCAGGUCUGCAGCAUCAGUGGGCCGCAGCUUUGAUCGUUGGUGUCUGUAAUAGAGCAGAAAAAAUGCAAUCAUGAGAUGAGACGACUGCCGUCUCUCCUCAGUGAACUACCCUCCUUUUGAGACGGAGGCCGUCAGAUGAUUUUUCUGUCAUGGGAUUUCCUGUUAUGAAGUUCUGCUGUGAUAGAAUUAAAGUUCAUUUCACAUGUGAAAUAUAUAAAAAAAAAGACUGGAGUAAAUACUAAGAAAAGUUGAAGAAUUUUUCCACAGCUUUUGAACUUCUCAGAAUCUCCUCUGUCAGAUGAAUAAAGUUAUAUUAAAGUAUUACUAAUAUAAGGGGCUGCCUCAGUUUGAAUGUCCUGUUCCCUCUGUUUGCUGGUCAGGUGGGAGCUGCCAGCGGUGCUCAGGGCUCGGUAUGUCACUGUCACUGCAUGUCAUCAAACCAAAUAAUCUCAGGCACAAAGUUGUGUGUGGGGAAGCUAUCCUAAAUAUCAUGUAUGAUAUGAACAGGACCUCGUCUCAGAGGUUUUUGUGCAGCGUAAGAUGGCUCAAGAGGGUUAAAAAAAGAAAACAAAGCUGAAGAACGAUCCGUAAACAUUUACAGCUGAUCCCCUUAAUGUCUUAUCUAAGCUAACUCAAGGUAAAUGAUCGGUCAGGAAGUUUACUGAGUACAUUUCCGAGCUUGUUAACAAAUCUUCUGGCCAUCAAAGCUUCUGCUUGCUAAUUGGUUAUGAGAAACUAAAGUUACAGUAAAUAAAAAACAGUCCUAGUAUAAGUUACAGGCAGGACAGAAACUUGUCCACAGUGAGCGAUCUGACCUCCAAAUUUAGAAAUACAGUCACCUCUUGAAGCUGUUUUUGUUAGUUUGUAAUUCAGACCUGUGGUCAAGAAUAAACUCAAUCCAAUAAUUGAAUAAAGUCGAACGCUUCAGACCCCUAUCGUGAUGGGUGUGUCACGUGACUGGCAUGUUCUGUGUUUCUGUUCACUAUCAUACAGUGGGGGCAGCUUAGAGGACUGGUGUUGUCAUCUUUAUCAUCUCACUGCAUGCUGGAUUAUUUGCCUAAGCGGUGUGCAAUAGAUGUUCUUGGUUUUGGCUGUAUUAUGUGGAACGUGGGUUUGUCCUCAUGCACAUGGUGUACAUCUCAUUAGCACCUGGAAUGUCACUUGAAGUUGUUGUGUUCUUCUAGACUAACCAUUUCCUAAACCUGCAUAUUUAAAGCUAAUUUGAUUUCUAAUAUAACUUGUAUUUUUCUUUUUUCCACCAGGAGGAGUUUUGUUAUCCGGUGGAGUGUCUCGCUCUGACCGUGGAGGAGGUCAUGCACAUCAGGCAGGUUCUGGUCAAGGCAGAGCUGGAGAAGUUCCAGCAGUACAAAGAUAUCUACACAGCCCUGAAGAAAGGAAAGGUAAACACCACCUGUGGAGUUUUUCCUCCUCAGAGUGAUCUCUGUUUUUGUGCUCUAAAUCAACACAGUCUUGGUACCUUUUUCAUCUCACUCCAUUCUUCGCCCUCUAGCUUUGCUUUUCAUGUCGGACCAAGAAGUUCUCCUUCUUCACCUGGAGCUACACCUGCCAGUUCUGCAAAAGGUAAACGAACAAUAAAGCCUCAAAGAGGACUGCUUUCCAGUUUCCCCUAGGAUAGAUAGAAGUAUUCUGAUUCUGAUUUAGACUUGUAAACAGUGUAAGACUUUUUGUUGUUCCCCAAGUGAUUUUACUUGACUAAGUGUAAUUUGAGCCAGUAAGCUACAAGCAUAAGAAUGAAAAAACCUCUUUUGCCUCUCCUCAGUUCUUUUCCUGAACAGUUAUGUAAUGAACUAGCAGCUGACAGGAUAAACUGUCUGAAGGCAAAUUGCAGAGUGUAUUAAAGGUGGGGCAGGCAGGAUCUGAGGACGUUCCUGUUUUUUGGAGAAAUCUUGAAUGUAAACUCUACCCCUCCCAACCAGUUUUCCCCUCAGCUCCUCCUCUCCCCUCCCUCUCUGCUCAAGCAAGCCCCGCCCACAAACAGACGCUUCUGCUCGCUCGUAUCAUUUCAAUUAAAUUCAGAUAUAGUGCAGAUAAAUCCUUCAGAUAAUUACAAAUGCGGCCCAGUCAACGUGAAAGUAAAAAGCGUUGGUGCUACUGUAGAUGCCAACAGACUACCAGCAAACACAGUGUCACUUUAUCCUACUUCUACAACUAGGAUAAAGUGACAUACUCCAGGACCCGAGGUCAACAGUUUAGCGCCACAGUCAGAAAGAGCGGGCCGCUCCAAAAAUUUAAAAUGUUGACUACACAGACACAACAAAACAGCGAUAGUGUUAUAUUACCAAAUGUCAUCAAUAACUUCUAGCUAUUGACAGAUAUUAAAAGGUUAUUUGUAUAUACACCACAAAAAAAGAUGCUUCUUUAACGGAUUCCUGCCUAUCAACCUUUUGAGUUUUUUUUAUUACAUGGAAUUAAAGUUUGAUGAUGAUGGUUCGUCUCUGCAGUUACUUAUCAUGAAGGGAUUACAGCUGUUAAAGGGGUUCAGUGAUGAGUCUGUGAAGUACUGGUAACAUCUGUUCAGCAGUGUUUGAUUCAUAUUUCUUCUCCUCUCCAGGCCUGUGUGCUCUCAGUGCUCUAAAAAGGUAAGAUGUAGUUUUUGUUUAACAAACCCUAAAGCUCUCACUCCUGUUGAAUGCUCCAUUUGUUGUGAGAACAAUCUGUCUUUACCAGUUUUCUGUUGUUUAUUCGUAGAUGCGUCUACCGUCAAAGCCCUACUCCACCCUGCCUAUCUAUUCUUUGGGUCCAAGCUCUGUAGCUAAAGAAGAGGCGAGUGGAGCGUCUGCCCCUGCUGAUCCAGAAAAGAACCCGUUUGGAUCUGGAGAGAACAGACACAGUCUGCGCAAGAGCGUUUACAAGUAUGUUGCUGCUCGUGUUUUAUUUUAUAAAUGAAGCAAAGAUGUUAACGUUUAUAUUUUUUAUCAAUUCUCAAUCAUUUCUUUUUGUGAUCUAAGGUUUUCUAAGCACAGCAGCAAAGAUGCCCGCUCACAGGAUGAGCCCGAGCUGCCCAAGGAGCUGACAGAGGACUGGGUCACCAUGGAGAUCUGCGUUGACUGCAAAAAGUUCAUCACAGAGAUCAUCUCCUCCAGCAAGCGCAGCCUGUGCGUCGCCACCAAGAGGGCCCGUCUCAACCGGAACCGUAAAACCCAAUCUUUCUACAUGUCCUCGUCCAACUCGGUGAACUUCAGGCCGACAGAACGCACCAUCAGUGAAGUGUAGAAACUUACACCUCCUUGUGCACUCUUGUUCAUGCCUAGAGCUAAGUCGUCCAAUAAAACAAAGCCCCCGUCUAGGUGUAGAUUUUACAUGGAUUGGUUCUUAAGCCAGUCCACCCUGCCCCAAAGCUAGUAAAGGAUCUCGUACCUUACCCUGUCUCAGGAAAAGUCGGCACGCUAUGAUUGGUCAUGACUGGUCAGGGCAGUAGCUGACAAACUACUAAGGAGAGCCAUGUUUGUUCAAGUCUGACAGGACGCGCUGGGUCACAUGGAUAAUUCAAGUCUAGGAUGUUGUAUUUGGUCAAAACUCAUAUGGUGGCCAUUUUCUUUUGACCUCACUGGGUGGGAGCCUCAAUGCUGAUAUGUUUUACUGCUAUUUUAAGGAUAUGAACUGUAUAGAUUUCAGAUUUUUAAAAAAUAUUAUCAGUUUUUUUGCUUCUAAAUUGACAAGACACUUCAAUCUGGAGGGACACUUGCUCAUAUCUCAGGAUAAAAGAAUGUAUACGAUAACUUAGGGACGCCUGCAAGACAGCUAGUGCUAGCAUUUAAGCACAUGUAGAUUUGCCAACAUGAUAUCAGCUUGCGUGUAUGUUAACUAGUUAUACUGUAUAUCCCAAGCUAACAUACAAGUACAUGGGCAAACUUGCUAAAGACUUGUCCUGUUGGACUUGCUUGAAUGCUAGGAUUAGCUGAUGUUUAAGGUAAGCAAUGAGUGCUAGCCCUAACUAAUAUCAUCGAUUACUUGUUAAUAUAGUCGGUUUUUCCUUUUCCAUUUGCUGCUGUUACUCUUCAGUUCAGUUCCUCAUUUAUCAAAAAGCGAUUAAAUGAUCCGAAUUGAAAAACAAGUGCCCUGCUUUGAUAUGACUCUAAAACUGGAAUACAGUUAUGAGCUACUAUGACAGCAUUUGAGCCUCCUGAGAAAAUGGCCCUCGAGUAAAUAGAUGUAAUGUUGGAAAAGUGCGUAUGUUUGACAGAAGGGUUAGAUCAGAUGGAGUAAAAAGCUGAAAGCUGCAGUGAUAAGCGUGUAAAUAGUUCAAAAACCCAGCCCUAAUCCAGUUUUCCAGCUCCUGUUAACUUCUAGCACUCAGGAUAAAUGACAGAUUGUCUAUGGACAGAAAAUGCACUGUAGAUCCUGCUGUCAGGUCUGUUGGGGUAGAUCUCUACCACUCCCUGGCCCCGGUCGUCUUCUUCCAGUAACAAUUAUGCCAAAUUUUACAUCAUUCGUUUUUCUAGUAAGUUAAAUACAUGCACACUGUUCUCUCAUCAUGCUGUAGGGACGGAGUGAGAUUAUUUUUGUGGGUGGGUAUUUAGUUUUUAAUGUACAUGCGAUUCUGUGCCUGGUGCCAAAAUGUAAUUCUUUCUUUGAAUGCCUUUUGUAGUUGCGGACCUACUGUACAUAUGUGUCAUAAACUCAAUGGGGGACGUUUUUGAGGUAAUCCAAGGUUUGGGUGUCUUGUCCUCUCAUGUUCGAAGGCGAGCAGUAGAAGCACAGAAAUGUAGGGUUACCAGUGUGUACAUGCUGUAUAUCUUAACUGUUCCAAAUUUAAUAUAAGAAGAACUGAACUAUGUAUGAUUAUGAUUUAACCUUGUUCAAAGAUUUCUGCCUCUGGAGUUUCUUCAUCUGAAACAUUCAUUAUAAUGUUAUUAUGUUUGUGUCAUCAAAAAAGAGUUUAUUUCUAUUGUAUAGUUUAUAAAUUCCUCAGUGUUAAAAUACUCCCCUUAAAAAUAGCACUUUUAUUUGAACAAUUUGUUUAUGUUGGGUUUAUUGUCUUAAUUAUUAACAAUAAUGAUUAAAUUCUGUUUUUCAUCUCUUGGGGGUCCAUUGUGCCAUUUCCCAGGGUUGGUCAUGAAUGACAGUUUGUGUGAAUGGUUGUUUGUAAGAGAGAAAUUACGGUUGAAACAAAGCACUCUGUUAAAUUGAAUGUAGGCAUGUGAAGGGAUAACUGUCAUUGAAUAUGUUGUUUAGUGACAGUUGUAUCCAAAUGAACAAGAUAGAGAAGGUUAAACACGAUGCCAUAUUCUAGAAAAAACAUCCAUGUGUUUUAUUUCAGACCUCUGUAUGGAAUGUAUGCAUGCUGUACUGUGGUCUGUUUUUAUCAAGGAAAUUCUAAUAAAAUCCUCAUGAUUCUCACUAACGACCCCUCAUUCUUUCACUGAAGCUGCUUUUCAGUGAGUGCACAGCAUUCUCAAACACAAACAGCAGAGGGCGGUAGAAGUCAGUGAAGGGAAAUCUCCCUGAGGUACUUGACACCGCUCAGUGGUCUUCGUGACAUCAGGUGGUCGGAGGUGUGAACUGCAGUCGUGAAACUGUCUUAUUCAGGACGAGUCGAAUUGUAUGAGAUUAAAUGACAUACAAAAGGGUUAAUUCUUACAGUCAUUUUCAUUUGAGAAAAUCUGAAGUUAUAAAUUCAAUCACCUAAUUUUAAAAAACCUUACAGGGUUCCUACACUGUUGGAAUUUCCAUACCCUACUUUUUAGAAUAACUUUUGGAAAUACCUACUUUUUCAUUUUAGAAAACAGUAUUUUAGAAGUGUGGUAAUAGUCUGAAAAUAUAAAUAUUUUUCCAUACUUUAUUUUUCAUUUUUUCAUACUUUUUAAGACCUGGAAAUUGAUCAAAUUUAUUUCCAUACUUGUGUAGGAACCCUACUUAAAAAAUCAUCAUUAAAAUCUUUACUUCAUUGCAGCGUUGUUUUAUCUAACUUUGAAGAAUUAAGUGAAACUGUCAUGAGUACUAACGCACAUAUACAUGCAUUUUUUUAAAAUCUAAAUCAUUGUCUAGAUAAAAAAAAAUCCUUUUGAAAAACACUUGUCAUCAUUGAUGUCAUCAUCAAAAUUAUUUUAGUUUUUUUUUAGGUUUUAGUAAUUUGCAAAUCAAUCAAAUCAAAUUCUCUUAUUAUUACACAGCAUCUUGACAUUUUUUAAUUAGGACUGUAAAUAUUCUAGACAAAGACAAUGAUUGAUUUUCAUUAUAUUUAGGAUCACAGUUUUUCACUGUAAGGCUAUACACAGUGCCUAAGAUCACACAGAUUGUUACAUUCAUGCUAGAAAAGAGCUAUAUCACUGACCAUCACUUUUUUCCCCCAAAUAAUAGUAAAUUAUAACAUUAGUGGCGGCAUUCAUGCUCUUCAUAUAAAUGUUUUCGCCCACCUAGCACAAUUGCAGUGAAUUAAUAUACUCAUAGAGUGGACUGUGAAUGAAAUGCUAUCCCUGGAUGGGUUAGUAACAGACACUGAAAAUAACCUGCCGGGCCCUAGACUCCCUGAAGGGUGACCCUCACACGCUGGUUUCUAUGGAAAGACAGCCAGCAAACACAAAGUCAAUAAACAGUCUCAACAGGCUGAGUAUUUAGCAGCAGCUCAAUAAAAGGAUUCACUGGCUGUUCUGAAAUGCUGGUCUGACUAAACGAAUGGAGCAGAUGACAUCUGACUCAGCUGAUGGCAAAUUGCUCUGACUGCUCCUUGUCUUGGGUGAAAAGCAUAUAGAGUCUGGACAUUCAGUUGUAUAUUCUGUGUGAACAGACAGACACACACACACCAGGGAUUACCAAGAAGCAAGUAAUCUCUAUAAACAGAUUGUACAGUGAAGAUAUGGUGUUGAAAGCAUUUUAGCUUUUCAUUCACAGUCUAAGUGGUUUUAUCCAGUACAAAAUUAUGUCAUUUAUUCAAUUAAACUCCAACUCAAAUGUGCACAGUCAUAGGAAGCCAUUUUCCUUUAUCAUCAUACUCACAGUGGAAAGCUCAAAUGCUAUAAAUGAGUCUGCAGUCAGGAUAAAUCUAAACUAAAGGAAUAAUUGAUGAAUCCCUGCACACCCUGAGGCAUAUCUGAUCCCACAUCUAUUUCCGUAAGCAAACCAGCGGUCUGCUCACCACAUAAACAGUUAGCCUUUCAGGGGACUGAGUAACACAAUAUUUAUCCUACAUAUGAGGCUCCUUUAGCCAGAUGAUCUUCCAAGAAUGUGGCCCAAUAAGGUGGAGGGUGACACAUGUGAGUCAUACAGGAGCUAAGGCACACUUGGAUAAACUGUUUUCAUUGUCUGUCACACGUUUCUGUAUCAACAAUGUUACUUUAAAAUAGAGACACAUUUAAAUCUACAUCACAUUCAAACAAUGGCAGUGCAGGCUCAAAUAAGACUGUGGUCAUGUAAUAAUAGUAACAGUCAGAGAAGUACAUAAAUCCAAAUUUUGUUUUAUAAACCAAACAGGAAGAGAAAUAUUUAAAAUAAAGCAUAAGUGCAGUAGAAAACAAAGUAAAAAACAGAAAAAGAGGGGAACAGAGAGGGAGUUUUGUUGUGUAAUGAGUAAUAACAGACACUUCUCUUUCAGUGUCAUGCUAAAGGAAAGAAGCCGAAUACUCUUCAAAUGUUUUUCAGUUUUUUGGUGAUGAUCUACUCUGACCUAUCUCCAUUUGACUAUUUCCACAUUAAAGGCACCAUGAGGAGUUUUGAAGCGGUUAAGAAAACUCACCAGAAUUGAUACUGAUGCCUCUUUAUGUCCUUCAAAAGCAAACAUGACCGUCAGCAGGAUUGAUAGUAGGCUGAACAAGUUCCUUUUUUCUUCGCUUUUUACAGAGCAAAUACAAACAGUGGUUGAAAAACUUCACAGAUAUAAGACAACUGAAUUAGGUUGAAGUCUGAAAGCACUACUUUUCUAUGUACAGGACAACAGAUAAAAGAUGUUCUCUUGUCCAAAUGGGGUGCCGGUAAAAACAUGGACUAAAAAAUCCUCAAAGCACCUUUAACAAAUAGCUGUAAUGACAAAAUUUAUGUGCAAAUCUGGGUAGUUUUGACUACAUUUGUUUGGAAUGAAAACAAAAUAUUCUCAGUGACUGAUGCUAGCAUCCAACCAUUUAAAAAAAUGUUUUGGUUGCUAGGAUACAAAAUUGAAGGUAACAGUGUUCAGUAUGCCCUUUUUUUUACAUAUCAUGUCGACAACCAGCCAACUAUAACAUUGACUUUUAGAAAAUACCAGACCACCUGUGACGUUAUCAGGCUGGUGUUUGGUGGUUAAUGCCAUUUUCUGAUAUAUGAAUUUAUUAAACUUUGUUUUAGCAGUAAAUAAGGUAAACAUCCCUCUGGAUUUUUUUGUUUUUAUCUUAAAUAAUUUUAGUUUAUUAGAUACCCUAAAUAGGCCAAAGAACCUGGUAAUGCGGUUAUUUGAAAAAGAAACAGCAUCUAUGCAUCUAACCUUCAGCAUGACCUUGUGGGAAAAUAGAAGCUGAGCUCUUGUAGUUACUGGGUUGAUAAUAUGGUUGCCAUAGCACUUGAUACAAGAGCACAACAGUAAAUAUGCGCUCCACAAUGGUUCAGAAGGUUAUGGAGCCCAUCAGCAACAUAUUGAAUGCAUUGGAGACCAUAGAGGCUGUAAACCCUGAAAACCUUCCUGCUAUUUCCAGGCACUGUUGCCUUUAAUAGGUCAUUGCGUCCCCUUACUAUCACACACUUGUGCUUGAAGGCAGUGUUGUCACAUGUCCUCAGAUCAUCAUAGCUGCCUGCGAAGCCAUUUUCUUGAAGAACAUCUAAGCAAACCCCCACUGAACAACUCAAGAGAGCUUUUACAAAAGCAUAUCUUCUUUCUUUAGACCCUCAUACCACAGAGUUACAAUUAAUCAUUUCAAUUGACAAUUUUAUUUUGGAUCGACUGAUCAGAGAUUUGGUCAAAAAAAAAAUUAAGAAUAAAGCAUUUCCCAAAGCCCAA